UGGGACCUCUGCCAAGUUCUGGGCUCAACGCGGGACCCACUUUCUCGUUCGCGCAACAGUCUCACGAAGUUCCCGAGCUGUGAGCAAGAUUUCUGAAAACAUAUGAAGCAGUCAUCCCUGUUCCGUUAUCGGCUUUCUCAUCAUAGUAUGAGCAUCCGAGUACGUGGUCUGCAUCGAGCGUACCACAACAGAAUCAGGACCAUGGCACGUUGCCAUUAUCUCGGAAUGGAGCCUUUGGCGAGUGCGCUUCCCGAUUCGAUGUAUGCCAAAGGAGCUUGGUCAUGGACUUCCGUGUCUCGUGACUUGAAACUGUCAGUCUCAGAUUUCAACCAUGAUUUCAACCAUGAUUUUAUCAACCGGGAGAUUCGCGUCAACAUUCCUACUGGAUCGAGGAAGGCUUCUGCGGGCGACAUCCUCCUACCUAGCGAACGCUCCAGCCCAACCGUUCGGACGACGACUUGUCUUGGGGCUGGCAUAAAUCUUGCACUCAACCGAGCAGAGCAUGUCUGGAUCCCUCUCUUUAUCAUAUCCCUAUCGACCAUGAUUUCGAUCUAGUUUUUUGCAGUACUUUUACGGAUUUGAGCAGGGCCCAUCAUCUCGCCCCUGCCCUCUCUCUUUCCCUCACACAGACCCGCCGUAGUACUCUUGAAAAUGAGCGACAUCGAGAAAGGCAGCGCAGGGACAGUCUCCGCGCCGGCAUCCGUUGUGCACCAGGCAGCCGUCGCUCCAGCUACCGCGGCGCCGCCGCAGACCAUCGCGAGCGCCGGCGCGCUGGGUCUGUUCUCGUUCGCGUCGACGGUGCUGAUCUUCUGCCUUUACUUCAUCGGCACGGACGGCAUCCAAUCAACCAACGUGGUCGUCGGCAUGUCCUUGUUCUGUGGCGGACUGGCGCAGUUCAUCGCCGGCAUGUGGGAGUUCCCGAGGAACAAUGCGUUCGCUGGCACUGCUUUCGCAUCGUACGGAGCGUUCUGGCUGUCUUUCUCCACAAUCUUUAUCCCCGGCUCUGGUAUCCUCGAGGCCUACGGAAACAACGUUGACGAGCUCAACCACGCGCUGGGGCUGUACCUCUUCUCGUGGUUCAUUGUCUCAUUCUUGUUCCUGGUCGUCACGCUCCGCAAAUCCGUCGCGUUCAUCCUCCUGUUCUUCCUGGCCAUGAUGACCUUCCUACUCCUGGCCAUCACCAAAUUCCUCCCCGGCCCCGGGGUCACCAAGGCCUUCGGCGCGUUUGGGAUCUCGCUCGCGUUCGUCGCGUACUACAUUGGUCUCGCGGACCUGCUGGCUGCGGAGCCGAACCCGCUUUUCACCCUGCCGCUCGGCAUAUUCUAAUCGGACCCCUGGAUCAAGCGCGGGGUACCGGAAGGAUGGGAUUAAUUAUACAUACCUAUAUAGCAUACCUAUACAAUCCAACUCUCUCUCUCUCUCUGUGUGAAAUCGAAGUUGCAUACCGCGACCAACCUCAAUGAGAGCCAUAGCACUAGGAUUUAGACUAGUGCACAUGGCUGUAGCCAUAAAAACCGUAGACUAUUUUAUGAAUGGUAGCCAUGACCCGGGAUUGACCCGGGAUUGAACUCGUGACUCUUCCAAAAAACGAGACGGAUCUGCA